AUGGCAUGUUUCCCUUCACCGCCGUCUCCUCCGCGGUCUUCUCCACCGAGUCAAGGAAAUACUCAUGACUAUAGACGCUAUAGUCUUCGCUUGCCGGCAACCUGCUACACUCUCCGUUCCCACCUCCGUCCUCUGCUGCCUCCCGCACGAUCAGCCAUGGCUCCAGAAAGCAAGCUAUCGCUUCUCCCAGUUAUUCCCCUAUCCUCCAUAUCCGCCGCUCAUAUUCCGUCCCACUUUACGAAUUCUGCUUUUCCAACUUCUCCGGUCCCUCCUCCGCCGUCUUCCGUCUUCAUCUCCACAACUUUAAGGAGGGUGCCUACCCCCGUCUCCUCCACCGAUCUGCAUCUCUCCCGGCCUUCCCCCGCCCACCCCGCCCACCCCGCCCACCCCCUCCACUACUCUGUCAACACCACCAGCACUCCAAGGGAAUGCGGCGCACCCCCACUCCGUCCAGCGUCCCUCUGCCCCCCGACACCGGUCUCCUAG